AUUGGACAUGUUGAUGUCAGUUUGUGUGUGUGUGAAUGUACUGCGUUUGUUUUUGCAAAAAAGCGGCAGUGCAUAUCGGGAUAUUUGCAAAAUAACUUUAGUUGAAUAAAAGAAAACGUUCUGCAUUUGGGUAAAAUUCGAAUUUUCAAUCGGAAGAGAAUCGAAAAAAGAACAUAAUGUCGUCGGGCGUAAAAUGUCGUAACUGUGGUUCCACCGAUAUCGAAGAAGAUAAUGCACGUGGCGAUCGAGUUUGUACGAAUUGCGGUUCGGUUCUUGAGGAUUCUUUGAUUGUAUCGGAAAUACAAUUCGAAGAGGUAGGCCAUGGUUCGUCGGCAAUCGGUCAAUUUGUUUCGGCUGAAUCUUCAGGUGGUGCCACUAACUAUGGCUAUGGUAAAUUUCAAGUUGGUAGUGGCACCGAAUCGCGUGAAGUGACACUGAAAAAGGCCAAACGUGAAAUAACACAUUUGUGCCAGCAGUUACAGUUGACACAGCAUUACAUCGAUACGGCUUUGAAUUUCUUUAAAAUGGCCCUAAUGCGCCACCUAACCCGUGGUCGUAAGAGUACACAUAUUUAUGCUGCUUGCGUCUACAUAACUUGUCGUACGGAAGGAACAUCACAUUUACUAAUAGACAUAAGUGAUGUGCAGCAAAUAUGUUCCUACGAACUCGGCCGAACCUAUUUAAAACUUUCAAAUGCUUUGUGCAUAAAUAUUCCAUCUGUGGAUCCUUGCCUCUACAUAAUGCGUUUUGCCAAUAAACUGCAAUUCGGCGCUAAGGCUCAUGAGGUGUCUAUGACGGCAUUGCGUAUCGUUCAACGCAUGAAAAAAGAUUCCAUCCACUCGGGUCGAAGGCCAACUGGUCUCUGUGGUGCAGCUCUGCUAAUUGCCGCUCGAAUGCAUGAAUUUAAUCGAACAAUUGUGGAUAUUGUGCGGAUAGUAAAAAUCCACGAAUCCACUCUACGUAAAAGACUGACCGAAUUUGCCGACACACCCUCAAGCGCCUUGACAUUAGACGAGUUCAUGUCGGUGGAUUUGGAAGCGGAACAGGAUCCACCAGCAUUUAAGGCAGCAAGGAAAAAGGAUCGGGAACGUAUAAAAGAGAUUGGCGAAAGCGAACUGACCGAAUUGCAAAAAGAAAUCGAUCUACAACUGGAACAGGACUUGAAACGUGCCCAAAAAAGUGCUCUCAAACGUUUAACAUUUGGCAAAGACGAUUUCGAGGAAGAAGAAACUGCCGAAUUCAUAGAAAAAUCCAAUCUGGAAGCCAUAGAAGAGUGUUUGGCAGACAAUCCCGAUUUAUCAGAAGCCGCACCGAAAACAAAAAAAUUGGUAAUAGAAGGUCUUAAGCCAGACAUCGAAUCAAUGUGUCAGCCAACAGCAAGUGAAUUGCAAGAAUUGGAGAAGGCCCAGUCCCAAAAAGAUGACAUUGGUGAAUUGAGUCUAGAAGGUCUGGACGAUGAAGAAAUCAAUAAUUACAUAUUAACCCACGAGGAGGCAGAACGCAAAAACAUUAUGUGGAAAGCAUUAAAUGCCGAAUACCUCAAAGAAAUGAAGGAGAAAGAAGAAAGACUAGCCAAAGAACGGGAAGAAGGUAAACCGGAAAAGAAGAAACGUAAAUCGAGGAAAAAAAUCAUCGGCCCAUCGACAACGGCCGGUGAAGCCAUCGAAAAGAUGUUGCAGGAAAAGAAAAUCUCCACGAAAAUUAACUAUGAUAUUCUCAAGACUUUGACGGAAGGUGGUGCCAGUAGCAGUAACAAUGCAUCGAGUAGUGAUAAUGCGCCGACGUCGAGUGGCAUUAUAAAACAAGAAGUUAAAGAUAUUAAACCCAAAGUUGAUGUGAUAAUUGAAUCGGGACCAAUUCAUACGAAGCAUGGUCGUGGAAAGCCUUCGUAUUCAAUAGGUGGCCCUAGUGCAAAAAUCCCCAAAUUGGAAAUGGGUCUGCCGGUUGGAGAACCAGAGCCAAAGGAAGAUGCUGUUGUCGUAGAAAAUGAUGAUAUUGAAGACGAUGAUGCCGUUGCUGAAGAUGAGGUCGAGCCAGAACCUGAAAAAGAAUAUUCAUCGCUUAAGGAUAUGCUCAAUGAUGGCAAUGAUGAUGAUGACUAUUAUGGCUAUGAUGAAGAUAACUACUAGGAAUAUGAAUAUCCCCACAUACGUACAUACAUGUACACACAUGCGGUAUAGAUAUAUAUUUAUUUAUAAGAAUAAUAUAAACAAACAAAUAACAAAGUCAUUGAUUGCUUUGCUUAGCUGUAUGGCAAUAGAAGUCUGUUGUUUUUCCUUUUGAUAAUAUUAAACAAUAAUAAUAAGUUUUUUUAUAAUUUAGUUACCAUUCAUAUGGAAAAAUUUUAUUUAAUUCUUUUUUUUUUUGUGUAUUUCUUUCAAUACAUUCGACUUCAUUGUGAUUAUGAUUGUGUAUCAAUUUUUUUAUAUUCAUAGCUACCAUUGUAUUUUGUUUUAUUCCUAUCUUUUUUGCAUCUUAAAAUAGUAAGAUUUUAGUUUAAUUUUCAUUUCAUUCUAGGCUUUAGAUAAUAAAUAACAUUGUAAUACAUAUUGUGUAUUUGUAUUUUCGCAAAGAAUAAAUAUCAAAUAAAUUGGCAUUCUACAUAAACAA